AUGGCCGUCCUCAAGAACAUCAUCCUUGCAGCCUCUGUGCUCAGUCCUCUUGUCGCCGCCGUUCCCAUGCCCGGACCUAACAAGCGCGGCAUCUAUACCAACACCGUCACCGAGAUCGCCUGGGUGACUGUCGAGGAGACCACCACCGUCUGGGUCGACCCAGCUGCUCCCACUCCUGCCCCGAUUGCUGCUGCCAUUACCACCACCUCGGUCCCUGCAGUGGCCCAAGUCGAACCAACUUACACUCCUUCUACUCUGGCGACCCUCGCUGCAGCUCCCCAACAAUCGCCUUCUUCCAUCCCAACUGUCGCCCCAGCUGCUGCUUACACUGCUCCUGCCGAGCAAGCAUCCGCACCGGCUUCUUCGUCUUCAGUUGUUCCUUCGGCUGCUUCGUCUCCCAGCCCGGUUUCUCUCAUCGCCCCAAUGAUGACUCUUCAACCCAAGGCGGCAGACGGUUCGUGCGAGGGCUCAGGCAACGCUUGCCAAGGCGAUGUAACGCACUGGGAUGGCGGUCUUGGCGCAUGCGGCUGGAACGUCGACACCAGCAGCGAGAUGCAGAUUGCUCUCCCAUACGGAUUCAUGGGAACUCAGUCCAAUGGCAACCCCUACUGCGGUCGCUCAGUCACCUUGUACAACCCGGACACUGGCAACACCGUCCAGGCAACCGUGGGCGACAAGUGCAUGGGUUGUGUCGACCGAGCCAUUGACUUGACUGAUGCUCUGUUCAACGCCAUCGUCCCCGGAGGUGACGGCCGUGUCAGUGGCAUCCAAUGGUGGUUGAACUAG